AUCAACGUGUCUCUCCUUUGAUUGAAUUAGUUUGUGACUGUCGUGACUAGUGAUACGUUUGUGUUUCUUCUUCAUAGAAGCACACACCCGUGUUUAAAGAGUUAAGGAAAUCACUUCGUCUUGAGCCUUGUACACAAGAGCUUACUUUUGCAGCGAUCUUUCAUUAAAUAAACCGGGAUCGUUAAGUUUUUUCUUUCAUUUAUUAUUCUGCUUGUUCACGGCAGUCUUCAUAGUCAAAAGCGUCAAAUUUGAUGCCAAACGAGUGAAAUUAAAUAAGCCAUUGCAGCUGGAGUUUCAAACAAGUGCGUGAAUUUUUCAACAUAUUCUAGAGGCAUCUCUUAAUCAUCUAUUUAAAAAAGUAGAGAUCAUUGUGCCAUGAUGAAUUACAGUACCGAAGAAAUAACGUCUAAUGUCGAAACUAACAGGACGAGUUUACGAAGAAUUGCAAGGCAUGAUGAGCCAGAAUUCAGCAAUGCUAGUAUAUUGAACAGCAUGGAGAAGUUCGUGAAAGCAGUUAAUGAAAUGGAAGAAACGAUCCUAGUUCCAUCUCGACUUCUGGAUCUAGCUGUUGGCGAUGCAGGAGAUACAGUCUGUCAGAAAGGAAAAAGUACAAUCAAAGACACAAUGCCCAAUACUGAUCUAUACCGACUCUAUAAUAUUGUGAACAAAAUGAAGUUGGAACUAUUGUGGUCACAAAAGGCUAGUGAUGAGACUCCAGGUGAAGAUGAAACUGAAGAAACUCGUCCAGUAAGACCAGUUAGAUCAGCAUCAGCAACUGAAAAGACUACAGAGACUGUAAGACUUGGACAUGCACGUUGUCCAAGCACAACAUCAGUUCAAAGCAUGCAGAGUGCAUCAUCUCUAAUCUCUAGCUCCAGCUCUAGUGAUUCAGAUUCGGAUAUUGGUAUUGAAAAUGAUUCUGGAAUGGAAAGUGAAGAUGUACCUAAUGAUAAAUGGGCAAAUCAAGCAGCCGAAAACUUCAGACGCCAUUUACAUGGCCUUCAUCGCAGUAUCAAACGUAUGACCCAGGCAGCUGAGUAUUUGACGUUGAGAUAUCAAGCUGAUGUGGGUGGUUGCGGAGGACCAGUCUGAUUUCAUCCCCGAGAUUGAUCUUCUUCUGUCUCUCAGUUCUUCUCUAUGACUCAGGAAGCUCAGGGAAGUUUAUAACAGAAGAGAGACGUAAUUAUUUAUUUAGCUGUAGGAAAUUGUCUUAAUUGAAAAAGGUUAUAUCAGCGAGUGUUAUUAUUGUUCUAAGUUUGAAUGUGCGAGUAGAUAAAUGCGGAAAUAAAUUUUGAAAACAUGAUUCCUUGUGGAAAAGUAUCAUCUUUUGCAAUCAUACUAUCAUUAUUAGAUGCAUGAUUUUAAACAUACGAUUAUAUCUAUUUCUUUUUUCACGCAAUUGUUAUUGAUAUGAUUUAGAUUGUAGUUAAUUUAUGAAUCAUAGUAUUUAUUGUAUUGGAAUGUACUUGGGAAAGGGAUUGUGUUUUAUGAAUCUGUCAUAUGUCAACUCGCAAAGAAUUUGACAAUUGAAUUCGCGUAAAAUAUGUAAUUGACACACUCAUUUUUAUGUAAUACAAAAUUGAUUUCUAAAAAUAAAAAUAUCAUUUAAAUUUAA